AUGUUAGAACGCAUCAACAAAGAAUGGAAGGAUUUUGUUCAAACGAUCUUCCUUCAACAACAGAAAAUAGUGGAAAUGAUGGAAGAUGACCAAGGAAUAUUAAACCUAACAAGUCGGGGGAUGGAAGCAGUGAUAACUUCAAAAAAAUAUGAGGACGAUCCAGAAGAUAAAAUUCGACAUUUAGAGAGUUUCAAUAAUCUCAGAUCAAAAGGGGAGUUCGCGAGCGAACUGUCACAACAAAAAAGAGAAACAGCUCUGAGAGCUGCAUCAGGAAGAAAUGAUCGUGAAUGGAAAACAACAAUCGAAAAUAUAAAGAGAUUAUUCAGACAACUGCAGGAGUCGGGAGAAAAUCUAGAACAUACAAGUUUACGAGUAAUUAUCGAAAAGAACUUACCAAAGCUGAUUAAUGUUCAUGAGCAAAGAUUGAAGGAUGAAAGUUUUUGUCAAUAA